AUGGCUAGAACUAAAAACGCACAUCGAAUCCCGAUUUGCAAAUGGAACGCGCAACGAUACCGCGACCAUGAAAACCAGCCUGCUAUCAUGAUAGUAUACAGUCCGACCAACCCUGAGGCCUUGAUAGGUCCUCUUCCUUUGAUUGCCAUCCAGAUCUACACCACUGUUCCCCUUGACUCGGACUCUGAUCAUGAACUUAUCACUCUCUGUCACUAUCUUGCUUCAGGCAUUGAUCACGGUCCCAAUGUGUCAUUUGAGAUCUAUGCUACUCCUCAGCCUGAUAUAUUCGCUUGCGUGGAGCAUCAAAGACGUGAGAUAUUCAUCGAAAGAACAAUCUCCCGGCAGAUGGUUUCUUCCCUGGCAUCUCUAAAGUGGCUAUAA